CCCACUCACUCGUGGAGCCCCUCAGGAAAGCGGGGAGGGGGGCAGGGGGCAGGGAGAAAGAGAAGGCGCGCGCGCGUGGCCGAGCCUCGCUUCAGCGGACCAUGGCGCCCAGCGGCGAUGUAAUGGGGGCGGCCGAAGACCUGGCCGAUCAGUUCCUGCGUGUGACAAAGCACUACCUACCUCAUCUGGCUCACCUCUGCCUGAUUAGCACCUUCUUGGAGGAUGGCAUCAGGAUGUGGUUCCAGUGGAAUGAACAACGAGACUACAUCAACAUGUCAUGGGGAAGCGGUGCACUCUUAGCCACACUUUUUGUAUUAAUCAACAUGUGUGGGCAGCUAGCUGGGUGUGUGCUUGUUCUCGCCAGAAAGUUUGUCCCUUACGCAUGCUUUGGCCUGUUUGGAAUCAUUUUCAUGCAGACAAUUGCCUACAGUAUUUUAUGGGACCUCAAGUUCUUGAUGAGGAAUUUGGCUCUCGGAGGUGGACUGCUCCUGCUACUUGCAGAAUCUCGUUCUGAGGGGAAGUCCAUGUUUGCUGGAGUCCCUACCAUGGACGAUAUCUCACCACGGCAGUACAUGCAGCUUGGUGGGCGCUUGCUCCUGGUUCUCAUGUUCAUGACGCUCCUUCACUUCGAAAUUGGCGCCUUCACUAUUUUCCAGGACAUCUUUGGCAUGGCGCUUAUCAUUUUGGUAGCCGUUGGCUUCAAGACCAAGCUUGCUGCUCUUACCCUAGUCAUCUGGCUUUUCAUCAUCAACCUGAUCCAGAAUGCCUUCUGGAGCGUCCCCACUUACAGGCCUCUCCACGAUUUUCUCAAAUAUGACUUUUUCCAGACUAUGUCUGUCAUAGGUGGCCUGCUGCUUGUUGUGGCUUUGGGACCUGGGGGGGUUUCCAUGGAUGAACACAAGAAAAAGUGGUAAAGAUGGACUCUAAACAGAGCUCAGUGUGUGGGCGGGAAAGGGAGGGGAGGGAGGGAAGGGGACAAAGUACAGCUUUUACAAACCUGUGUAGAAUUUUCUUCUCCCUUGAUUGAUUCUCUUGCGGUUUAUCAUAGUUCACGGUUGCCUUAUCAGGGUAGAAAAGCCUUUGCCUUCUAUCCUGUUUGAGACAUGUAAAUUAAAGUCAAAUUAUAUAUAUAUAUGUAUGUAUGUAUAUUGAUUUACUGAACUUUUAUACUUAUCCUUUGAGACCCCGUGGUUUUCUGGGGCACUGUGACAUAUUGCCUUGUGAGAGGCCAGGAUUAAAAAGUGGUUUUCUGGUAGAGUAUGCAGGAGUAUUCUAGGUAAUGAGGUAGUCCCAUUGCCAGAUUCGCUCUGCCUAAUGUCUAGAAAUCAAAACCUAUGCUGGGUUUCUAAGGUCCACAAGUGUUUGUGAUUAUAAAGUAUUUCCACCACUUUUCUCCUCUAACCUCUUCGCGCGCACACACACAGACACACACACACACUAGCCUGGACACCUCUUAGUAGAACUCAGGGUGUACACAUGGUGCAGUUUUUGCCUCUCUACCAAGCUGGGACUUGCUGGAACAGAUGAAGCCUGAAUUGCCCUGGAAGUAACACAAUGGCAGAACCUCCCAACACCUAGACAUGAGCAUAAAUGUUGGAAGAAUCUGGAAGGGAAAGACUGCUCUAAGGUAGGUUUGGGGAACAUUUGGCCCUCAUGUUGCUGAACUACACCUCCCAGUAUCCAUGGCUACUUGUCAUGUUAGCUGAGGCUGCUGGGAGGUAUAGUUCAGCAGUAUCAAAACAGCCAUAGGUUCCCUACACCUGCUCUGAGGACAAAGAGUGCCUUUCAGGAUGUUCUUCAAGACGAAGUAUCCAACUUAGGGGAGGAAUAGGAGAAGCAAUGGAUUUAAACCAAGGUGAGGAACCUGUUUGGGGCUGAGGCAUUAACCCAGUUGAAAGCUCUCAAGGGCUGCAUUCUGGUAGUGGGCAAGCCCAGAACUAUACAAACAAAAGGUUUUUUCUCAUGAGAAAAGCGACAUAUAUUGAAGUCUCAGUAACUCCACUCUAGGUUCACUUCCAAUUUCCUAGAUUUCUUUUGGGACAAAGUAUGUAUUUUCAAAAAAAGCUCCUGCAAGUGUGAAAGGCAAAAAGAGCUUGAUAAUCACAGCAGAAGAAUGCAACAGUCAGUACACACUGAAUGAAAAGCUGCCUUACAGCUAUUCAGCCUCAAAUACAAAAUGCAUAGACACAAAAUAGCAAGGAAAGAAGUUUGAGCUUUGCUGAUGCAUUUUCCUCUGCUUUGAAGAGGGAGGAAAAUACAAAAGCCCUUUGUAUUAUAAGUGUGACUGAAGUUUUUCUUACUUCCUGCAGCAGAUCUGCUUGCAGAAGAAGGAGCUAUUGCACUCGAGAUCUGUUGGUGCAUUUUAAUAUUGAAAUAAACCGAUUAGUCACGUCUCUU